CUAAUAAGUUACUGCUAAGUAUGUAAAAUAUGAUGUGCAUCGACAAUCGUCAUGAGGAGUCCCGAUCCAGUACCCAUAAUCCAUCCCUCUUCCCCCAAUGUUCCAUCUGCAUUCUAUGGAUGUGUCUUCUCCUUCCCCCGGUCGGGAAAGCUCUGGCAAACAAAGGUCCCGAGCUCUGUCAGGCAACGAGGGAGGUUCUCCAAACGACAGGGCGAAAACGAUGCAUCACCUACCUCCCCGUCAGUGUCGAAGCGCACGGUUACUAAAGAUAACACACGAUCUGUCGUGAAUAGAUUGACAAAUUGGCAAGCCUACCGCCUGUUCUCAAUCAUCCCCAAGUACGGAGUCCCGGUACUACACUGUAGCAUGGCACCACCAGGGCCAAUACUCGAUGAAGCGGUGAAUUCACCGCCUCUUCGAAGAGAGGGGAAAAGUAGGACCGGACCUUGUUUUCCUACCUAAUAACAAACGACUUUUUGCCGAAGAGACGGCGCACCGCCUUUGCGCGAUGGAGGGGAGAAGAGCGGGGGAGGGAAGGGGGAGGAGUACGGAGGUACCCCGUACUGUGUACACGUCCUCAGGGUGGUGGACAUUGCUUGGGAGGAGGUAUUCGGUACAGUACUCCCUGCUGUGCCCUCAUCCCUCGUUCCUGGGGUCGGUACCUUUUUCCCACCGCUCAUGGCUGCUUCCCAUCUGGAGGUGGCCCAAUUCUUCACCACGUAAGCCUGGAGGGGCAUGCCUUGCAUGAAGAGGUGUGGAUGGUGUGGAUGAGUGGACGGGAAUGGACGGGGGGAAGCGCGG